UUACGCCCAAAUCCACCAAACAUAAAUACCCACCAUCCUUCACUUCUAAGCUCGCCGAAUACAUUUCAUUUCUGAUUUCAAUUCAAAUCCAAAACCCUAGAAGUUUCUUUUAUCUUCAAAUUUCUGUGUGAAAAUGUCUGGUCGUGGAAAGGGAGGCAAGGGAUUGGGCAAAGGAGGAGCUAAGAGGCACAGGAAGGUGCUAAGGGAUAACAUCCAGGGAAUUACGAAGCCAGCAAUUCGUCGGUUAGCUCGUAGGGGAGGUGUGAAGCGUAUAUCUGGUCUGAUCUACGAAGAGACACGUGGCGUGUUGAAGAUCUUUCUAGAGAACGUGAUUCGUGAUGCUGUUACCUACACCGAGCACGCCAGGAGAAAGACUGUGACUGCUAUGGAUGUUGUAUAUGCACUCAAGAGGCAGGGUAGGACUCUCUACGGUUUUGGUGGUUAAGGAAUUUGUGUUUGGAUUUUUGACUUUUGUUCGCUCUGCAAAAGUCUUGCGGUCAAGAAAUUAAAUGAAGCAUUAUUAAAAUAGUUGGUGUAAUUAGGUUCCUUUAUUAGUAUUUGUAGUAGUUGUUUUUGUAAGAAAAGCAUUUCUCAGAAAUUCUGGAAGAUGCUGAAAUUAAAAUGUAUUUGACAGAAGGAUUCAAGUUUUAACUAUCUCUUUCUUUAGUCUUA